AUGCGCAUUGCAGUAGCAGGUAAAAACAGCCAUUUGACAAGCAAGUACAUCAUUUGUACAGACACCCUUCUUACAUAUACAGGUACGUCGGGCCUAGCACUCUUGAUCGCUCAGGAGAUCAACAACACGACAAGCCACCAGCUGAUCAUCCUGUCGCGGACUCAUCAAACAAGCCUCAUAGCGUCUGGCUAUAACUGUCAAGCCGUCGACUACAACAACCCCGCUUCCCUCCAGCAUGCGUUGAUGGGCGUUGACACAGUCAUCUCGACGGUCAUGGGCAAUCCACAACUUCGCCUUAUAGAAGCGGCUGUACAGUGCCGGGUACGCCGCUUUGCACCUGCAGAGUUUGAAGGUCAGCCGGGUCUGCGAGGCCAGAACACGCUGCUCGAUCGGGGACGCAACUCAGCGUUGGCCUUGCUGUAUCAUUACCGGGGCCACAUACAGUAUACGGUCUUCGUUUGUGGCAUACUUUAUGAGCGCUUCUCCGUAAACGGGAUGAUGUCUCAUCGCCUCGGGGUCAACAGCGGAUAUGGCAACGAGGGAGAGUUCAUUGCCGACCCCCGGCAAAUGACUUCCAUGGCGCCAAUCUAUGAUGCAGCUAAUAAUCUCUCAUCGAUAUGCUUGACCUCCGCAUACGAUGUGGCACAAUUUGUGGUUCGUGCCCUCGACAUGCCCACUUGGCCCUCCGAGAUGAGCAUGUGCGGUGAGCGCAUGACUGUUCAUACUUUGGUCGAAACCAUCAGGGCGUGUAGAAACCGGCCAUGGGCUAGCAUUGAUUAUCAAGCCCCUGCAAAUCUUGAAUACCAGAUGACGAUGGCGCAAUUGGGAGGAGACACAGCCGGGCAGAGGCGACUCGCACCCCUCCUUGCGACAGCAGAGGGGCGCUACGAUUUCGUGGUGCCCGCCUACCUCAACUCCGCCUACCCAGACAUCCAGCACACAAACAUAUUCAAAAUGGUUUCUUCUCAGCAAGGCUACUCUAACACCACUGUCGACAUCAAGGGCAAUACCCAGGCUGUCAACGAGGCUCAGUCCAACCUCCCUCUCCCUGAGCAGCCACCCGUCGCUUCCGACUUCAACUCCUCUGAUGCUAGAACCGUAAACGUUGGCUCCGGCGGCCAAGAAGCCUCGUUCUCCUCCGGUGGCGGUGCCAUCCGUGAACCCGCUGUCGGCGCUGGCGGUGUCGCCGGUCGCGAGGCUAAGGACGGACUUGAUGGUAUCCCCAACGACGCUGUCUCGCGCGAGGCCAAGGACCACUCUGGUCUUGCCAACACAACCGGCAAGGACUACGGAUACCCACAGAAGAAUGACCCCAGCGCGGGCGUCAAGCAGUAG